AUGUCCAUGUUCAUAUUUGUAAUCUUCGUUCGAAUGGUUCGAGCUCACAUCGAAUUAUUAAGCGAGUCGGGUUCUUUUUUCGCCGCCGGGCUCCUCUCCAUCUUCUUCUCUUCGGAACUCUUCUGAUUUUCUGUGCUGGGCAGAAGAAAUCACCGUCCACUCCGUCGACCCGGAAUUCUGUCAGAGUGAGAGAAUGUUUCAGGAACUUAUUGUAAUGUGUACCUUCGCAGAAUGACGGCAGCCUUCAGAAGCUAUCGCCUCCCGUCGAAGUGCCGCCUGUGAAACCGGAGUCAACACCCACGGAAGCAGUCAAGACGGUGUCUAAGGAGGCAGACGUGAAACCGAAAAAAGAGCAAGAACCGAAACAGAAGUCGAAGAAAGAUCCUUCCGUGAAGAAGAGCGUCAAGGAUUCUAAGAAGGAAAAGGUGAGCAGGACGAGAAUUCGUCUAGCUACAGUCAUGUUCAGAGUAAAGAGAAAUCGAAUGAGAAAGGAGACGCGGCAAAAGAAGAGAAGCAGGAGCAGGAGAAAGAGGAAGAGAAAGAGGAUGUGAUUCUAGUGAGGAAAAAGGAAGAAUUGGAGGCGGAGCCGAAGACGGAUCUGGAAUCGCACAAGGAAGAGAAGAAGAAGAAGGUGGUAGGAGGAUCGAAGAAGAGCAAGGAGGGCAGACUGAAAUUGAAAGGCGAGAAGGCAGAACCCUCCGGUUACGCGUACUGA